CCGGUAGACCACAUCUCAGGUGCCUUCUUUUCAUUUUUCUGCAAACUUAAAGGAUAACCAGCAAGAAUGGCAAAUGUGGACCGACUCAUGGAGCUCAUAGGAGACUUUGGACCUUUCCAGAAGAAGAUAGUCAUACUUUGUUCAUUCCCAGUCAUACUUUUUGCUUUUGUGUUUGUUGGAGUUGUCUUCCUGGGGCACACUCCUGAUCACUGGUGUUGGACUCCUGGAUCUGAGCAGCUUCUGGAGGAGUGUGGCUGGACAGAGGUUAAGGUGCGAGAAGUUACCGUCCCCCACUGUGAAAAGACUGGAUCCUUCUGCCGCUGCCAAAGAUUUGCUGUGAACUUGAGCAGCUUCCUCAACAAAUGUGAUGAUUUUGAGUGGGAGCUGUCUUUAAAUGGAUCCCAGACGAUGCCGUGUGACGGGAGAUGGAUAUUUGAUAAGAGUUACAAAACUACUGUCUCUGAGUUUUCACUGGUCUGUGAAAAAGCCUGGCUUGCUGACUUAAAUCAGGUGUUCCUAGCUUUUGGAUUUUUUAUUGGAGCUUUUGUGACUAGCUAUAUUGCUGACAGGUUUGGCAGAAAGCCAUGUGUCAUUGGCUCAAUGCUUGGCCUAGGAAUUGCUGGAGUUGGGGUCAGUCUGUCACCAUGGUACCCACUACUGCUUCUCAUGCGGUUUUUACAAGGUUUCUGUGGAAAGGGGGCGUGGACAGCAACCUAUGUGCUUGUGGUGGAAUUUUUUGGAGCAGAAAACAGGAAAUUUGUGUCCAUGGUUAGUCGAACUUUCUACUCCUUGGGUAUGGUCAUACUGCCGGGGCUGGCUUACUUUUUGGUCUCCUGGAGGAACCUGCAGCUGGCUAUGAGUCUUCCCUGCUUCCUGUUUCUCUCAUACUACUGGAUUGUCCCUGAAUCACCUCGCUGGCUGUUUUCUCAAGGAAGAAAAACAGACGCCAUAAAAGUUGCUUCAAACAUUGCGAAAUGUAACAAUAGAGUUUUGCCACCAAAUCUACAUGAGAUACUUCUUUGGGAGGAAAAGAAGGAAGCACCUUCUGUGUCGUUUAAGGAUUUAUUUCGGACACCAAACAUAAGAAAAAACACUCUGAUUUUAACCUAUGCCUGGUUCACAAGCACUGUUGUGUUUCAAGGCCUGGUCCUGCGGCUUGGGAUCACUGGUGGAAAUCUCUUACUGGAUUUCUUCAUCUCUGCGGUGGUGGAGCUGCCCACAGGGCUCAUCUUCUACCUGCUGGUGGACAGAGUGGGUCGACGAUCUCUAAUGGCCUUUACUAACCUCACAGCAGGAAUCGCUUGUCUUCUUGUUCCUUUUAUAUCCCCCAGUUUCUUCUGGUUGGGGAAGUCUGUUGCAAUCAUUGGCAGACUUGCUGUUGCCAUUGGGUUCGAGACUGUGAACUUUGCAAACACAGAGAUGUACCCGACUCAUCUGAGGAACGUCGGUCUGUCCGUCUGUUCAUCAGCCAGUGACAUCGGUGCGAUUGCAUCGCCCUUCCUGCUGUACAAACUGGCCAACAUCUGGAAGGAGCUUCCUCUUAUUCUCUAUGGUGUCAUGUCAGUGCUGUACAGUGCUCUGGUGACAUUGUUGCCAGAAAUGAGUGGAGUUUCCUUGCCAGAAACCAUAGAGGAUGUAGAAAAUCUGAAGAGGAGAAGAGAGAAAUCUGAUAAAAAAAGAAGACAACAAAAUUAUGUAAAAAAGAACUGAAGACUCAACAAGAAGGACAAUUUUUCUUUCCUUUUGUACAGACAGUCAUUCAUUUUGUGGUUUGGAUUUUUCUGCAG